GCAGUAGAAUAUGAAUCUAGUACUGACUUUUUUUGACUACUACAGUUCUUGUGUAACUGCUGCCAGCAAAAGACAUGGAGCCAAGCUACAUUCUUCUUACACUGGAACUAUUGGAUGUCUUACCACUGGCUACUUUGUAUGCAGCUUUUGGCAUGGUUCUAUAUCUUAGUAUUGCCUUCAUAUAUCCUAUCUACAUUACAUACCGUGUAACCUGUGGUCAAAGGAGACACAAAGCUCCAAAGGAGAAGAAUAAGGAAAAGCCUAACACAAAGGUGAGAAGGAUCAACCAGUGGAUAGCAGAGAAAGUGAACACAAUAGUAUUCACUCUGUAUGGAGAAUCAGACAAAAACAUAACAGCUUUUCUCAAGAAAGAGAGUCAAUAUGGAGUCAAAGAGAUGGACGAUAAUUGGAGACAAACUCAACUAUCGUGGCUUGCUCUAAUGUUGAGGCUGAACGCAUUCACACUGCUAAUGAGCUCUUUACUAGCUCUAUGGGAGAGGUUUCUUAUUGAGAGGACAAUCGAAUGUGACGACAAGAAAAUAUGCUUUAUAGGAACCACAGAUGCUACGAGGGGUUGGCAGAGAACACCUAUCACUAGUUGUGAUAAUGUGACUGAAACCGAUCGAAUUAUCUGCUUUGAAUUUGUGUACAGCGUGGGGGAUGCUGUUGGCUUGGCAGGAGGUACUCUAACGUACGGCAUCUACACGAUGAAGUUUGGUGGUAUGAUUAUACUAGCCUGCUAUAAAGUGCUCAAAAGAUGCUGUAAUCAAAGAGCCUAUCGACUGAUAGCCAUCAUUAUCCAGCAAUCUCCUGUUAUCAUUUUGCUGGUAGCUGCAGCCCUUUCAAUGGCUUUUGUAAGGUACAGAGAUUUUGCCGUCUAUGGAACUUUUAUAGAGGCGUUUGGGAUUGCAUCAAUUUUCGUACUAGUCGUUGCUACCCCGUGGAGUGUGCUGGUUAAUGAUGAAGAUGAAAAAAAGCCCGACGUAGAAGGCACAAAAGAGAAAGAAGGUGAUGACUCGAAACAAGAGCACAAUCAAGACAGCCAAAUAGAAAAACAUCGAUCGUAUGAAGACUUAGUGGUGAAAGUCGUUGAGUUAAACCUUUCAGAUUCGGAGACAGAGAACAAGAAUGACACCACUUCCGAGACUCCAGUGUAAUUUAUAUAAUCUAUGAGACCGUUUUUGUAGCAUUAUAACCAUGCAUGUGAUAAUUAAGAUAACUAGAA